AUGUCAGCUCCUCGGUUCUCGCACAAUCCCAAUCUUCUAUCGAAUCUGUCACUCAAUACAACCGAGAAAGCCUUACCGGCAGUUAUCGCUAUAUCAGUUGCUGUUGUUACUCUUAUCAUCUCGUUUUUCAUCCUCACCAACAGGUCCAAACUGCCUUUAGCGAAUCCUCCAGCAUGGUAUCAGCCCACGCUUAUCAAAAGGAGAGAGUUUAUGGAAAGUGGUCCUAGGGUACUUGACAGGGCUAGAAAGUCCUACGGCAAGCAGCCGUAUAGGCUAAUCAAUCACAUUGGCGAGAUUAUUGUUCUUCCACCUUCAUAUGCGAACACUAUUCGCAACGAACCGCGCUUGAACUUUGGAGCAGCGCUAAAUUACGAGCUACCGCAUCAGUUAUCGGCCUUUGAUCCGCUUUGUGUCCUUUCAAACGAAAAGAAAAUACUGCAGACAGUAGUAAAAAAGCAACUCACCAAGUCCUUGAAAUGGAGAGAGGUUACUGUUUCAGACAGUAUCCUGUCCCUGGUCACUUGCUUGUCAAGCAAAGUCUUUCUUGGAGACGAGCUGUGUCGCAACGAAGAAUGGCUACGACUCUCCAAGGAAUACACAGUGUGUAGUUUCCAAGCCGCCAAAAAGAUGAACUACAUUCCCUCGAUACUCAAGCCUGUAUACGGCUUGUUUUCCAAGGAAGUCAAGAUUGUGGAUCAGAAACUUAACCAAGCGCGUGCACUGCUGAAGCCAAUUGUCGCAGAGCGGAAUCGAUUAAAGGCUGAAGCUGCGGAAAAGGGUGAGCCUGCUCCGAGGUAUAAUGACGCGCUCGAGUGGAUCGACGAAGAAAGCAAAGGGACUGCCGAUUUCGCUGUGUUCCAGAUGUCUCUUUCGUUUGCAGCAAUCCACACCACAUCGGACUUGCUAGGCCAGACUAUAACGCGUAUAGCCAACGACGCCUCUCUAGCAGAGGACCUGCGCAAGGAAAUCGUCCGAGUGAUUAGUGCAGAUGGCCUGACAAAACUCGCGCUGGCUAAUUUGAAGCUAAUGGAUAGCACGAUGAAAGAGACGCAAAGGAUCAAUCCCAACACAAUCUUCGGCAUGAGGCGACUAGCAAAAGAAAAAGUCAUUUUCCCCGACGGCACGCUCAUCCAACGCGGCCAAUACAUCGCCGUCGACAUCGCCAACCUCUUCUCCCCCUCGCUCCACCCGUCUCCCCACGCCUUCGACCCUUACCGCUACUACCGCAUGCGACAAGAUCCCACUCUAGCCAUGAAGGGGCAUCUCGUCUCCACGGGGCCUGAAAACAUAUCUUUCGGGCAUGGCCUGCACGCGUGUCCCGGGCGCUUCUUCUCCGCAAACGAGAUGAAGAUUGCGCUUGUGCAUCUCUUGCUGAAGUAUGAGUGGGAGUUGGCGGAGGGAGCGUCGCUGGAGCCUGUGCAUCUGUUUGCGGAUACGAUGGCGCUGGAUGCGGGGAAUAGGGUGAGGUGUAGACGGAGGAAGGAGGAGCUGGAGUUGGAGGCGCUGGGGUUUGAUUGA